AAGAGAAUAAAAAUAAAAUAAUGAACCUAAAAAAGGUUGAAAGGGCUAACCAUUGAGCAUCUAAUAUUCGUCUCAAAAGCUUUUCUUUUCGUUUUUUCAUUUUCUUCUCUGUUCUGCAGCCCCUCCCUCAAGACCCAAACUCGUAGUCGCCGCCGCCGUUUUCUCUUUCCUUCUCCUCCUUCUUCCUCCGUUAUAGGUUUUCUAGCUUUUCGUCACUGUUCUUCCCUUCUUCCUUCUCCCUUUUUCCCUUUUUUUUGGUGUCAAUUGACGUUCGGCGCAGCUACCACUGUCGCUCAAGCGUCUGUUGAUGCCUGUGGACCUGGAUCUCCAAUCAAGGAGUUUGGAAGGUUUUGGGUUCUUUUACUAAGAGCAUAAUCGGAUCUGGUGUUGUCCUUUAAAUAUGAAGGAAGGAGAGUUGAAGCUAUUAUCAUUUCCACCGGAUAGCCCUCCACUUUCCGUCAUUGCCGCCGCUAAGAUUGCGGGAAUCCCUUUACCUACUGAGACUUCCUCCGCUGCUUCUCCCACUUUGUCUUUCUCAAAUGGGCUCAAAUUGCAUGGAAACUAUGUAAUUCUUCGUUACAUUGGUCGUGUUGCUGCCAUUCCUAAUUUCUACGGCGACAAUGCUUUCCAUGCUGCCAAGAUUGAUGAGUGGCUGGAGUAUGCUCCUACCAUUUCAUGUGGUGCUGAAUUUGAGAAUGCUUGCGGUUACAUGGAUGCAUAUUUGGAGAAACGUACCUGUUUUGUUUCUCAUUAUUUCUCCAUUGCUGACAUAGCUAUCUGGUCAGGUCUUGCAGGAACUGGUAUAAGAUGGGAAAGCAUGAGGAAGUCAAACAAAUACCCAAACCUUGUUCGCUGGUACAAUUCUGUUUCUGCAGAAUACAGUGAUGCCUUGAAGGAAGUCACUGCUUUGUAUGUUGGCAAAAAAGGAUUGGGAAAGCCUGUAGCAGCUACACCAAAAGAGCAAAAGAGUGUGAAUGGGAAUAGUUCUGAUAAGGUGAAAUUAGGUAGCAAGCCUUCAUCUGAAAUAGAUCUUCCUUAUGCCGAGAUGGGAAAGGUGCGAUUGAGAUUUGCUCCUGAACCAAGUGGUUAUCUUCACAUAGGGCACUCUAAAGCAGCCUUGUUAAAUCAAUACUUUGCUGAACGGUACCAAGGUGAAGUGAUUUUGCGCUUUGAUGAUACAAAUCCCACCAAAGAAAGCAAUGAGUUUGUAGAGAAUCUUAUAAAAGAUGUUGAGACAUUGGGUGUCAAGUAUAAGGAGAUCACCUAUACUUCUGAUUACUUCCCAAAGUUGAUGGAUAUGGCUGAAAAGUUGAUACAGGAAGGGAAAGCCUAUGUGGAUGAUACACCACGUGAGCAAAUGCAGAAAGAAAGGAUGGAUGGCAUUGAAUCAAAAUGUAGGAGCAACUCUGUUGAGGAGAAUUUGAGGUUGUGGAAGGAAAUGAUUGCUGGCUCUGAAAGAGGCUUGCAGUGCUGCCUUCGUGGGAAGUUGGACAUGCAAGACCCAAAUAAAUCUCUUAGGGAUCCAGUGUACUACCGCUGCAAUCCAGUUCCCCACCAUCGAAUUGGAUCCAAGUACAAGUUGUACCCAACUUAUGAUUUUGCUUGUCCAUUUGUUGAUGCUGAAGAAGGUAUAACACAUGCACUCAGAUCUAGUGAGUAUCACGAUCGCAAUGCUCAAUAUUAUAAGAUUCAGGAGGAUAUGGGAAUGCGAAAGGUACACAUAUAUGAGUUCAGUCGAUUGAAUAUGGUCUAUACGCUUCUAAGUAAGCGUAAGCUGCUCUGGUUUGUGCAAAAUGGUAAAGUAGAUGGAUGGGAUGAUCCCCGUUUCCCAACUGUCCAAGGAAUUGUUCGGCGAGGUCUGAAAAUAGAAGCCUUGAUUCAAUUUAUUUUGGAACAGGGGGCAUCGAAAAAUCUCAAUCUUAUGGAAUGGGACAAACUUUGGACUAUUAAUAAGAAGAUCGUUGAUCCUGUUUGCCCUAGGCAUACAGCAGUCAUUGAAGAACGACGGUUGUUAUUGACCUUAAAUAAUGGUCCUGAUAAGCCAUUUGUUCGCAUUAUCCCAAGGCAUAAGAAAUAUGAUGGUGCUGGAGAGAAGGCAACUACAUACACGAGGAGGAUAUGGAUAGACUAUGCUGAUGGAGAGUGCAUCUCGGUUGAUGAGGAGGUAACCUUAAUGGAUUGGGGAAAUGCCAUUGUGAAAGAAAUUAUUAAGGACCAGGAUGGAAAAAUAACCCAGUUGGUAGGUGUUUUGCAUCUUGAAGGAUCUGUCAAGACAACAAAAUUGAAGCUCACGUGGCUAGCAGAAACAAGUGAACUUGUUAACCUUUCCUUAUUGGAGUUUGACUAUCUAAUAACAAAGAAGAAGCUGGAAGAAGGAGAGGAUUUCCUAGAUGUACUAAACCCAUGUACAAAAAAGGAGACAGCAGCAAUUGGAGAUUCCAACAUGCGCAAUUUAAAGCAAGGAGAGAUAUUGCAGCUGGAGAGGAAAGGCUACUUCAGAUGUGAUGUUCCCUUUGUUAGACCUUCAAAACCUGUGGUUUUGAUUGCAAUUCCUGAUGGCAGGCAGCAAAGUGGGUUGAAGUAGGCAUUUUACCCUAUCUUUAUUCCGAAUCUGAGAGACUUGAGGAGAAGUUAUGAGCUCUUGCCAUUUCCUCGCAUUUUUUUUUUUUUGGGUAAUACUUGGACAAUGCAUGUUUAUGACAUAUUUGGAUGUAACAUUCUGGUUGUUUUAUGGUGAUUAUGAACAAAAGUGUGUGUGGUCUCUCCUGUUAGCAUAAAGCCGUUAUGCCACUUUCCAUUUCAGUUCAACAGGAUUGUAAAAGCUUAUGAGUAGGAGGAUAUAGAUGAUACACUAAUACACACACUUCAGUAGAAAAAAAAAUCAAGGGAUAGAAUUUGAAAA